CAAGUUUCAUGUUAGGGGGACAGAACCUCAGUUAAGUACUUUUAUUGAUUUACUUGAUUUGGGGGGGGCAGCUGCCCCCUGCUCCCCGUUUCCUUGGCUACGCCCAUGGAAGCAAGACAUGACUUUAGAAUGAUCCUGGAAGGGGCGGGGGCUCUGGCUUCACCCGCCCCAUCGCUGGGCUGGGCUGGGCUUCAGGCACAAGUAGCGUAGGACGGGUCCAGCAAGCGGCUAGUCUCGAGCAGCGCCGGGCGGCUAACCAGACGCAAGGCGAAGUUUGCUCGUCUGCAGCCGGGCUCCGCAGGCAAUGGGUCCCGGCGGGAGGAAGCGAAAGGCGCCUCCUCCCGAGGACGACGGCGGCAGCAGCAGCGGUUCCGAGCAGGAGCCGCCGCCGCCGCCUCCCAUCUCUCUCCUGCCUCCGGAGCUGCUGAUCAAGAUCUUCGAGUACCUGGACGACGAGGAUCAGGUCCAGGUGUCGCAGGUGUGCCGCGACUGGCAAGCCGCUUCCUACCAGAUCUUGUGGUGGCGUUCGGAGGCCCCCGUGUCCCUGUGCCAUCUCCGCAACGACCCGUCGAUGUUGGCCAACAUGGCAGCCUGGGGCAUCCGUCGGGUGCGGAUCGUGAUGACGCCCUGUGUCACCAUGGGCUUCGUCAGCCACGCAAGCAGCACCCCCGAAACCUACAGUGAGCUGUGCCGGGCUUUGCGGGCCGGGCUGCCCUCCUUGCGGGCGCUGAACAUGACCGGCUGCCCAUCCGUCACCAAGAGGAGCCUGGCGCAGAUUGGCAAGCAUCUGAAAGGCCUGGAGGAGCUGGUGCUGUUCGGGUGUAGGCAUGUGAGUGACGCGGGCCUCCUGCUCCUCAGCAACAGGCUGCUGCACCUGAAGAAGCUCAGCCUGGACCACUGCAACCUGGUCACCAAUGCGGGCAUAGGGCACUUGGCGGGCAUCACAGCAAGGGGCUGCCUGCAGCUGGAGUGCCUCAGCCUGGAGAACUGCGACAGACUCAGCGAUGUUGCCCUCCACCACGUGGCCCAGGGCCUCCCCCGCCUGCGCUACCUCAGCGUCCGCUUCUGUGGGGGCAUCAGAGAUGAGGCUUUGGUGCCCCUGUCGCGCCUGACCAGGCUGAGAACCCUCAACCUCAGCUUCUGCCAGAGAAUCACCGACGUGGGCGUUGGGCACCUCGCGGGCAUCACUGCCGACGGCUGCCUGGAGUUGGAGGAACUCGACCUGGCGGGCUGCAGCCAGCUCAGCGAUCAUGCCGUCCGCUACGUGACCCAGGGCCUCCCCCGCCUGGUCCACCUCAGCCUCCGCUUCUGUGGGAAUAUCGGGGAUGGGGCUCUGCUGUCCAUGUCGCUCCUGAGCAGGCUGAAGAGCCUCAACCUGAGCUUCUGCCAGAGAAUCAGCGACGCGGGCAUUGGGCACCUUGCGGGCAUCACCAGCCGCGGCUGCCUGCAGCUGGAGGAGCUCGACCUUGAGGAAUGCGAGCGGCUCACCAAUCUCACCUGUCGGUAUCUGGCCCAGGGCCUCUCCUGCCUGCGCCACCUGAAACUUUGCUGCUGUGAGAAGAUCAGGGAUGAGGGGCUUCUGUUCCUGUCGGGCAUGAGGAGCUUGAACAUCCUUGAAAUAAGCUACUGCAAUAUCACCGAUGAGGGAAUUGGGCACCUGUCAAGGGGGUGCUUGCCCCUUUCAACCUUGAACAUUACCUGCUGUGAGACUCUGGGAGACGCAAGUCUGGCUUAUAUUGUACAGGGCUUGGGCAGGCUGCGCAAGCUCUACCGCUGUGGUUGCAACUUCAGCCUCAACUGCAUGCUAGAACUGGAGCAACAGAUGCCUGGACUGUCGAUUCUCUGAGAGCUGUGUAAUCUGCCAAACAGUUUGUCUACUUACGUAGCUCAGUCAGUAGAGCACGAGACUCCUAAUCUGUCAAGGAGACCCAUGCUGGGCAAAAUAUUUCUGCAUUGCAGGGGGUUGGACUAGAUGACCCUUGUGGUUCUUUUCCAACUCUGCAAUUCUAUUAUUACUGUUGCUUUUCACCAGUGCCUUUCCGUUUUGUAUUUUUUCUGAUAAAAAGCAUGUGAAAACUAAGGGUAUUUGGUUAUUUUCUCCUCUAUUCUGCAAACCAUUUUCAUUUUGUGUUGUGUUUUUCAGAUGGUAUGUCUGAGGUCAUUAAGAGAUAAAAACUUUCUUUUUAGUGAUUUGUAAGUUGCCCUGGAAGUCUUUUUUUUUUUUGGCAGAGGAGCAGGAUUUCUUUAAAAAUCGAAAACAAUCCCUAAUUAGGUAUUACUUCAGUUGCAAAAGUAUGCAAUUAGCAGACAUCUAUUAUUCCAUGCUGUGCAACUGCUUCUACAUUCCUGAUGUCUUACGACAAAAUAAAAAGUUUGCCAACCCUUUUGAAAAUAAAACAAUACUAUGAAAAAACGCACAGAAACUGAAAAACAAAAAAACAAGACCUGAAAUCACAGCACCUUCACGGGUCCAGGAAUUUUUGGCGCUACAAGUCUGGUGCUAAACACACUUACCUGGGAAUAUGCACAUUUUGUUUGUAGAAACAAAUAUAUUUUAAAAAUAAAAAUAUUACCAUGAUACAAGAGCAUGAGAAAAGCCCUGCUGGAUCAGGCCAAAGACCUAUCUAGUCCAUAAGAUGCUUCUGUGAAGCCCAAAGGCAGGAGCAGAGAAUGAAUGAAAUCUUUAUUUGCAACAGCCAUCGGCCAUAGCAAUAAAACAACAAUACAAUAUACAAAGAAUAGAAAUAAAAAGUCAGUUAUAUAAAAUACUGUGGCGUUUGCCCUCCUAGGUGUGUGACAUCAUACUGGGUUCAUAAGGAGAGGGUUAACUAAUUGUAAAAUGCCUAACCUAUAGGAACCCAAGGGGAAGAGUUCAAGUUCAAGUUCGAGUUGUUAAGAAGUCAGUCUGGAGUUAGAGAAGAGAGAGGGAGGAUAAGUCUGUGGGUUGGGCUAGUCUGAUGUGAGAGAAUGAGAGAAUCUGUUAAGAGGAGUCAGAGAAACAGUUGAGAUAAUCAGUUAGAAGGUAUUAGCAAGAUAUAGGCCGGUAAAGAAACUAAGUUUAAGAAACUGACAAGAAAAUUAUCUGAGAAACCAUAAACUUGUAAAUGCUUAUAAAAUAAACUUAUUUGGUUUAA